AUGUCUGUCUGGAACCCUGAUAACAUCCGCGACGUGGCUGAGUCCGUCGGCAUCGGCAACCUUAACCACGAUGUGACCGAGAAUCUGGCCCGCGACGUCGAAUAUCGAGUUGCGCAAGUUCUAGAGGAGGCUCUGAAGUCCAUGCGUCAUGGAAAGCGCACCGUCCUGACCACGCAGGACAUUUCACUGGCCUUGCGCAACCUGGACGUGGAGCCACUAUAUGGAUACGACUCGACUCGCCCAUUGCGUUUCGGCGAGGCCUCUCUGGGCCCCGGUCAACCGCUAUUUUAUGUUGAAGAUGAGGAAGUUGAUUUUGAGAAAUUGAUCAAUGCGCCUUUGCCAAAGGUGCCUCGGGAAGUUUCAUUCACUGCCCACUGGCUAGCCGUAGAAGGUGUGCAGCCUUCGAUUCCUCAAAACCCUACCGCUGCGGACUCUCGCAACCUCGAGCUGGUCUCCAAGGGACCAAACGCCAACUCCACACUUUCGGCAAUGAGCGGUACAGGCGACGUGUCUGUGAAGCCAUUGGUGAAGCAUGUGCUUUCAAGAGAACUCCAGCUAUACUUCGAGAAGGUCUGCAGUGCGUUUUUGGAUGAGAAUAGCGAGGAUUACCGUACAUCCGGUUAUUCAAGCCUUCGCGAGGACCCAGGUCUGCACCAGCUGGUGCCAUACUUUGUCCAAUUUAUCGCCGAAAAAGUCACACACAGCCUCAAGGAUAUAUUCGUUCUCACCCAAGUUAUGCACAUGGCCGAGGCAUUGGUCCAGAACCAGUCUCUUUACGUGGAUCCCUACAUUGCCUCGCUUGUCCCUUCAAUUCUCACAUGCUUGAUUGGUCGCCAGCUCGGCGGUAAUGCGGAUUUGGUCGAGCAGUUUGCCCUCCGCGAUAUGGCUGCCUCACUCCUCAGUCGCAUUGCCCAAAAGUACACACACGCUUCUCAUAUGCUCAAGCCCCGACUCGUGCGCUCCUGUCUCAAGAGUUUCCUUGACCCUUCCAAGCCGUUCGGUGCCCACUACGGUGCCGUCAUCGGAAUGCAAGCUAUUGGAGGAUCAGAAGUCGUUCGAGUGCUUAUUGUUCCCAACCUCCGCGAAUACAGCAAGCUCCUACAUGAUGGUCUGGAAGACUCUACCCGUCGGCCGGCCGCUGAACGUGUUCUGACUGCCCUUGUAUCUGUUCUGGCUUCACUGCGGGGCAAGCAGCCCCUGACAAAUGGUCAUACUGUGACUGAUGAUCUACGAACACGAUUGUCAGAAGCGGUUGGUCAAAUCAUCGCAUCUAAGAUUCUGGAAGCUGGUGAAAUGCAGCUGGCGCAUAUAAUUCUUGACGCCUAG